GUAAAUGUCGAGAGAAUUGAUGAGCUGCUGCGAUGAUUGUCGUUGUCUAGUUUUGGGCCGUGGGCUGUUCACUGUACGUUCUGUCGUCUACUUUCGGUGGUGGUUAAGCUCCGGAAGAGAAGUCAUUUGCACAUUGCCAGUGAUUGAGGGAUGUCUAUAUCUGAUUAUCCUGAAAAUCCCGUGAAGGAUUACAUGUCCUUAUGUUUAGCGAGGGCGGCAUACCUAGAUUGCUUGGAUGAAACAGAAUUGACACAAGAUGAAGAAGUUCGCGUUGAUCCAUGGACUUCUGAUCCCUCCACUGAUCAACCGCAUAGCAAGCAUUUUACCUUUUUUCAGAUCCUGAAACGUUAUCCGUCUACCGACAGAUCUUGGUUACGUCAGUUUUAUCAAAAUAGAUUAACGACGCUCGCUCCAGCUGGAGUCCUCCCUGAAGUGCGGUUUGAGAUCAUGUAUCGGCAUGUGAAUAUGCUUUUAGAAGGUAUGGAGAAAUUUGAAAACAAGAAUGAUCUCUUAAAAGCGUUUACCACAAUUCCUUUCAGUUAUGUGAACCCCUUGCUCGAACGCCAUGACGAUCUGCAGCAGCUGCUCCAGAGAAUUACCAACGUUUUGAACCAAUUUGCAGCCGAACAAGCGGAGCAACAACGAAAGAGGAAGCGGGCAGACUCACAGGUAUCGCCUCUUCCAAAUGCUGCCCCCGCUCCAUCUGCUCCACUCAACUCUGAGGAUAAAAAGGAGCUGAUGGUAGAUGCAGCGACACUAUUCACGAAGUGGCAAUGGUACAAUGCAUUUCUUACGAUCUUGUUUGGAGAGGAGGAACCACCACCCGAGGAUGAUGAAGACCUGGAAGGGUCCACUACCACACCUUCGGCAGCUUCUAUAGCAAGAAUUUUACCAAGAGUACUCAUCGGUAGAGGUGCACUGCUUCCUACUGAUGAUGACAUGUUCGCACCCCCAUUAAUUACAUAUUGGAUACUUGAUUAUGUAGAGAAGAUUGUGAAACCUUUUGUUUACCAAGACAGCGACGAAGACCCUUAUUCUGUACAAGUUGUGAAGGCCCUGGUCAAGGUUUUCAAGGAAGCGGAAAAACUAAAUACCCCGCAUGAUAUUAUCCUGAAAGUUUUCGCAAGAUACGACUACUACCGUGUUGAGCCCUUACUUGAAAACUUCGAUAGUUUGCAAGAGGAGUUCAUGAGAAUUUCCGAAGAAGUAAAGCAUCAAUUGGAGAAUGCUGCAUUUGAAAAUACUGUCAAUAGUUUUCUCGAUGACCUUGAGCACUUAGAUCAUGAAUCUUAAAUAGUUGAAUUUGAGCGGCACUGCCUUGAGUUGCGGAUGGUUUGAGCCAAGUUAUAGCUGGGAUGCAUGCGGAGAGAUCUCCCAACGAUUCUUUGUAAGAAAAGUCUCACUGCUAAUCAUGUAAACAUGCUUGACUUGGACAUAUCACGAAUAUGUCGACAGUCUGAAGAUCGUGACCAAG